GUGUGUGUGUGGUGUGUGUCUUUUAAUCUCUCUCCCUCGCUCUCUCCUGCUGAAAGAUUCUUUUUCUGUUUGUCUGACUCAAAGCUCAAACUGCCAUUCCCCGGAUCUGCUUGAAACACCGGACGUCCCUUGGAGCUUCUUGGCUGUCAAACGUUGUGGUUUCUCCCAGCGGUUCCCCUUAGAAUGGCCGACAACCAGAUUCCCUUCUCUUGUUACCCUGGCCGGCAUCGGAAUCUCCGAGAUCCGUUCAGGGAAUCCAGCUUGUCCUCCCGGCUUCUGGACGACGAUUUCGGCAUGUCCCCUUUUUCGGGGGAUCUGACCGCCAACUGGCCAGACUGGGCCCGCUCGCCCCUCACCUCCGCCUGGUCAACUCCGCUGAGGUCAGGAAUGGUCCGGACCACCGGCCUUUCCCCUCCAGGAUACGGUCCUCGCUAUGGCAGUUACCCCGAAGGGAGUCCCUUUGGGACCAGCCCGCCGUCCUUUUCGGGAGAGCCCUGGAAAGUGUGCGUCAACGUGCAAAGUUUUAAGCCCGAAGAGCUGUCGGUCAAAACCAAGGACGGUUAUGUGGAAGUCUCAGGUAAACACGAAGAACAACAAGCAGAAGGAGGAAUCGUUUCCAAGAAUUUCACCAAGAAAAUCCAGUAAGUAAUCUGAGAUUUAAGAUCACUUCUUUCUUAGGAGCUCUGAGAUCAGCCGUGGCUGGUAAGAUCUCCUCUG